UUACAACUUUUGCUGUUGAAGUUUACGACUGAAGCCGCGCCAUGAUUGGUGAACGCUGCUCACGUGAUCAGCAGGAAGUUGCGCUUCUUAAUGGCAGCUGCUGCAGCUUCACUUUAUCUCCACAAACACUCGCUUUUUUGGCUUCCUGAGGCCAAAACACCGACAAUGUGGCCGGUUUUAGAGCACAGCCGCCACGUGUUUUCCCUCGAAAUGGAUUUACAUUCCUGGAGAGGACAUUUCCGGUCGGGUUUGAGGCGGAAUCACCUGAGCCAAGUGGACACAUAAGUGCAGGUCUGAAGUGCACUUCUGUAGGGGAAUAUGACGAGUGCGUGAGAGCAGCAAGGCCUUGAAUGAGACUUUUGUUCUGCUCAUCAUCCGUCUUCUUUUCACCACGAGGAGGAGUUGGGGUCUACUGGCAAAUGUAAAGAAUAAAGCUCGACAAACAGCUACGACUGGACCAGAUGAAGAGAAGGUCGCUGAGCAAGCCAGAAGCCCUCCGCACUCUGAAAACCUGUCAUGUGACGUUUGGCUGCCAGUUCUCUGUCACAGGGUCAAAAGUGGUGUGUGCCGGACUGACAUGCAGGAUCCCACUCCAGCAGAUGAGCUCCAACAACAGCAGCACUGUGACAGGGAAUCCUUGCAGAACGUGGGGGGGUUUGGAUUCACUGACCACCAAACACCCCAAACCCACGUCCUUCAACACACCUCGAAACGCGGCACCAGUAGUGAGAACAAAACUAUUUUCCCCUGGAUGACAGAGUCCAGACAAAUAAACCGGAAACAUAACAACAGAAGAACAGACUGCUGCGUCGUUGACGUCAGCGGUUCGCGAGGGGCCGCCGCCUCCUCCAAGCGCACGCGCACGGCCUACACGAGCGCGCAGCUGCUGGAGCUGGAGAAGGAGUUCCACUUCAGCCGCUACCUGUGCAGGCCGCGGCGGCGGGAGAUGGCCGCGUUGCUGCACCUCGACGAGAGGCAAAUUAAGAUCUGGUUCCAGAACCGGAGGAUGAAGCAGAAGAAGGACGAGCGAGUCCAGAGCCACAGCUGCGACAACCGUCGGACCGCCUCUUCCCCGCCCUCAGCCCCGUGUAGCCCGACUCUGUCCAGCCUCGGUUACGUCCACGUAGCUGGAGGUCAUCAGCCACUUUCUCCCUCGUUUAAGUCCGUACCAUCGCAGAAUCCGAACGAGAGCGAGUUCCCCAAAUAUGCCUCGUUCGCAAAUAUUCAACUGCGCGAUGCGCCCAUCCACUGCGCACCGGACGCUGACGACAUCGGUGGACAGAGGACGACAUGUUUGAGUAACAACACUCUGGACAGAAUCAUGCAGGCCCCCAGACUGACUCAUCUUUAA